GCGAAUCACUUAUAAAUGGCGCCCAAGCAGGACCCGAAGUCCAAAUUCCAGGAGGGCGAGAGAGUGCUAUGCUUUCAUGGGCCUCUUCUCUAUGAAGCGUGUGUAAAGGUUGCCAUAAAGGACAAACAAGUGAAAUACUUUAUCCAUUACAGUGGUUGGAAUAAAAAUUGGAAUGAAUGGGUUCCAGAAAGCAGAGUACUCAAAUAUGUGGACACCAAUUUGCAGAAACAGCGAGAGCUUCAAAAGGCCAAUCAGGAACAGUAUGCAGAGGGCAAGAUGAGAGGGGCUGCUCCAGGAAAGAAGACUUCUGGUCUGCAACAGAAAAAUGUUGCAGUGAAAACAAAAAAGAACAAGCAGAAAACACCCGGAAAUGAAGAUGGUGGCAGUACCAGUGAGACACCUCAACCUCCUAGGAAGAAAAGAGCCCGGGUAGAUCCAACUGUUGAAAAUGAAGAAACAUUCAUGAACAGAGUUGAAGUUAAAGUGAAGAUCCCUGAAGAGCUGAAACCAUGGCUUGUGGAUGACUGGGACUUGAUCACCAGACAAAAACAGCUUUUUUAUCUUCCUGCCAAGAAGAAUGUGGAUUCCAUUUUGGAGGAUUAUGCGAAUUAUAAGAAAUCCCGAGGAAAUACAGAUAAUAAGGAGUAUGCUGUAAAUGAGGUUGUGGCAGGGAUAAAGGAAUACUUCAAUGUAAUGCUGGGCACUCAGCUACUCUACAAAUUUGAGAGACCACAGUAUGCUGAGAUUCUUGCAGAUCACCCUGAUGCACCCAUGUCCCAGGUGUAUGGAGCGCCACAUUUACUGAGAUUAUUUGUGCGAAUUGGAGCGAUGUUGGCCUAUACACCUCUAGAUGAGAAAAGCCUUGCUUUAUUACUGAACUAUCUACAUGAUUUCCUCAAGUACCUGGCAAAGAAUUCUGCAACUUUGUUCAGUGCCAGUGACUAUGAAGUGGCCCCUCCUGAGUACCACCGGAAAGCCGUGUGAGGGGCCUGCUCUCUCUCUCACUCGUGCUUGGAUCUCUGUAAACAGUUUGGUUCUUAGUCCUUCUCUUGUACAAACGAUGUACUUUGAAGACCAUUAGUGUAUAACAGAAUUGAUGUUUGUUUUCUGUUUGAUUUUAAACAGAGAAAAUAAAAGGAGUCAGUGCUCCUUUUCUUCUUUCUUUUCA